AAUAUAAGAAUACUAUUCCCGGGUUUUCAGGGAUGCAUCACCAGUGCUACUGUGGCUGGUCCGGGUCACCAAGGCAGCACCAACCGCUUCUUAUUUGUGGGUGGAACGUGCUACGACACAACAUCGCGAGAGGAUGAAAGGUUUUCGAGGCCUUCUAGCAAGUAUUCAGGCGUUGUUUGGAACCUAGGGCUAGGGGUGGUUUAUUCUCGAAUCUCUGCCAGUCAAGUGUCUCCGAGCCCUGAUCUGACGAGACACUCCUCCCACACACUCACUUCACUUGGUGAAUCCAUAGCGGUACUCUACGGAGGAUACUAUGGGGUGACUGGUACCUUCACAUAUACUAAUAUGACUUGGUGCAUGCUAACCCAUUACGACCCCUUGGCUCAAGACUUCUCUGUUUCCUGGCAACGCUUCAUCACACCUACAUCCCAUGCCCAGUCCAUGCCAUUGCCACGAGGUGGCCACGUGGCAUUUCCGUACAAGCCAGAUGGCAUGAUAAUUCAAGGCGGAAGUGCCGGGUCAGAGAGAAUUUUCGGAGAUUUAUGGAUUUUAAAGAUCACAAGCGAGCGAUCAUGCACUGGAGAAUGGAUUGAACUCACUAAGAAUGUUGUUGGGGAACGACUACCCCAAUGCUCACACCAUUCUGCGACACUCUACAACGAUGACGUCAUUAUGUUUGGUGGGUAUUGCAUAGAUAAUGAUAAUUCGACAGGAAGUGGUGCUGGUGAAACAUUCCUACAAAUGACAGAUCAUCUGUUGGUUAUGACUAUCAAGAACCUGUCUUUCAUCUCACUUAAACGCAUCACUUUGUCACGUCCAAUUUAUAUGCGCACGAGCCAUUCCCUUUCACGUUACACAAACGAUUCCUUCUUGCUCCUCGGCGGAUUGGUGUACUCAAAUUAUGGGGAAAACACAGCAAUAGAAGCACUCCUAUUACAAUUCAUCGCAGACACCACAGUUAAGGUCAUUUCAUAUUUCAACUUCACCAUUUUCAACCAUCAUGUUAUCGGGGAAUAUAUCUUCUCAGGUUUCAGAAAUGUGCAACCAGUCGAGUCACUGAACUUCCUACGACUGCGGAAAGGCCAAUAUUGUCCUGUUGGCUACGAGCGAACUGAGUACGAUUCCUGUCAGCCAUGCCCUCAAGGGUACUACUCGGCCACCAUUCCACAGCAAUGCAAGAAAUGCCCAGGCGACUCGACGACGUCAGGUCCUGGAGCCGCACAGUGUACGACGAUAUGCACUGACAGCUUCUGUCACGGCCAUGGUGAAUGUUUGGUGGACCAGGGGAACAAGAUGAAUUGCAAGUGCAAAUUCGGAUAUCUCCCUGAUGAUAACUGUCGGACACCAACCGUUUACCUCUCUCAGUUGGCAGCCGUUAUUUUCUCUUCCGUACUUGUUUUACUUAUAGUAUUCCUAGUAAAAUUUACCAGAAAACGCCGCGACUUGCGAAAAACGGAGAGAGAGCUCCAGGCCAAACACCACGAUCUGCGAAUUACUCAGAAAAAACUUGCAGAAUUGAACCGGGGAGCGCGACUUCGAUGGAUAGACUUGACCAUUGGCAAGCGAAUUGCUUCUGGUACAAUCAGCAAGGUGUAUCGUGCCCAACUGAGUGAUAUGGAAGUGGUAGUAAAGAAACUUCCCAAGCGCUUCAACCAAACACGAUGGCGUGGUUCACCGUAUGAUGUAUUUCUGGAGGAGGCCGAGACCCUGCGAUCCUUACGCCAUAUGAACGUUGUCAUCUUCCUCGGUGCUGGUCAGGACAAUGCAGACGGUUGCCCAUUCUUGGUGAUGGAGUACUUGCGGCGAGGCUCACUCUACGAUAAUCUGCAUGAUCCAAAAGUUCACAUAGAAACAAACGAUCAACUGCGAUUUGCUCUGGACAUCGCUCGUGGUAUGCGAUAUCUGCAUAGCUCCAGUCCCCCACAGAUUCACCGUGAUCUAAAGAGUUCAAACCUAUUGGUCAGUGACAAGUGGGUGGUGAAAAUCGGAGACUUGGAGUUCACCAGAUACCUUUCUCUUGUGGAACGUGACGACCAGGCACAACCAAGCCAGGAUGACCAUACUGCAGCUGAACGGAAUGCUACAUCAGACAAUGCUACAGUUGCAGAUGGCACGACAGCUAUUGGGGAAGGGGAGAGAUUGCCCAAAACACCCAGCAUAAUGACGUCCACAGACACGUCGGACUCCAGCGAGACGGAUGACGUCACAAUCCCGCUCCUGCACAAUGUGAAGCCCUCGCCAUCUGCACAACUGAUCAACACCAGUACGACUAGCCACCAAGACGUAUCUCAUGAAGGAGGAGACACAGAGAGCAGGUCACAUGACCGUUUCACGGCCUCACAGCUACCAUCACGUGUUGGCAUGACGUGUGGUGUAGGGACGGACAGGUGGAGGGCUCCGGAGACGCUCAGCAAAAACAGCUACACGGAAAAAUCUGACGUGUACAGCUUCGGUGUAGUCCUGUGGGAGAUCUCCACACGUCAACUUCCCUACGCACACCUGACCUGCUCGGAGUACAUCCAUCAAGAGAUCCUGGAUGGCAACACGCCAGUCUUCCCUCCUACCACUCCCUACCCAUACCGUCACUUGGCUGAGAAAUGCAUGAGCGAUGUAGCACGUGACCGGCCAUCCUUCCAGAAGAUGUGUCAAGAGAUCGAAGCUCUGCAAGUCUUGGAUGGCCAGAGUAUAAUGUAGUGUCAAGUUCUCAUCAUUUUAUGUUCUCUUUUGUUGCUAUUCGAGCUCGCGCAUACCCGGUGCCCAGCCUGUUUCACUUUUAUAACGUAUUGACGCUGGUAAACGGGUCCGUACAGGUACUGUCUUGGUUAGACAGCAUGAAACAAGGCGGAGGACACCAUAUUCGGAAACAGUGACCUUACUACAACCAUCCACGGUCGGUAGAGCCGCGGCCCGGUCCGUUGGUCCUCCACCUUGUUUCAUGCUGUCAAGACCAACAACAUGUGUGAACUACUUCGAAGUAUACCAAGGUUAUCUAUAACAAGGUUGUCUAUACUUGUCCGCAGAUUGAGUAAUACUAGUGCAUGUGCUGUACUAGUAUUGGAUUAUCUAAUAGAUAUUGUCUUGUACAAUACAUAAUGGUGCAUCCAAAUAGUCAAAAUUGCUUUCUCACACAUUCACUUACAGCUGAAUGAACACGCUUCACACCAUAAUAGGUGAUGUCAUGCAUGUUUUCCAAACGUGUUUUUCUUCCUUGUUUUGUUUAUUGUGUGAUGCAUGUUGCAGUGCCGUCAUGACCCUCCGAAUAGUAAUCUCUUGAGUGUUAUUGCACCCAUUGGUCAACUAUGGUUUUAACGUUAUUUGCCG